AUGUCGUACCAGCCGAUAUCGACCAGGAUUGUGCAAUACGUGUUGGCGCCUACAUACCAAUCUCAAUCGGUGACAUGCUCAAUCAUACAAGCGACAGCAAAGAAAAUUCACCGCCCUCCUCACGUCUUGCAGAACGCUGUCGUUCUUCUUGUUGGAUCGAUUCUUGUCUUGAAUGUAAAUGGGUGUGGUCCUCUGCUGUCUCAGAUCAUCACCUUUUUACCGGCAGUUUGGGGAACACUCAAGUAUAUCCGAGCAGAGGCAAUGGAGCACCGCCGUGGCGGCACACUCCCUCCCGUUGAUCUGACCCACAUUCAGCGCAAAUGGAUAGACUAUUGGAUCAUCUUUUCCGGCAUUGUUAUGGCGGAAUCCUGGGUGGACGAGUGGCAUAUCGAUCGGUGUUUCCCUCUAUGGUGGGCCACCAAAGUUGGCACCCUGUUCUGGAUUCUAGCGAAGAGAUCUAACCCCAAACCGGCCCACCAUGAAGCUCAUGGCUCCGAGAAAGGGAAGACCAGGCCCAAGCCACUGUCUCUACAAGAGCACCAAAACUCCAAACGGAAGAUGCGAAAAGCGGCCAUUCGACCGCCAACACCGAUCGCCAACUCGGCCCUUCUGGUCAGAUCGCAUGAGGCUCUCCCAAUCUCGGCAAUAACUCCACCUGAAGCGGAAGCUCACUUGGCCGCACGACUACCUAUGACGAUAGCCCGGUCGAUCGUGCCACAUCCCAUCAAACAAGUAAAUGUAUCAAAGUCUCCUCCUGUCGGACCUCAACCUGUUGAUCUCGUCAUUUCCCCAACUCCCCUUGUACCUGCGCAUUUAUCUGUCGGGUCUGUAGACGUCGAAGGUACGGUUCAAGAGCCGCCACGAAUUGGGAUGGAUUCGCCGCCUUUCGAGCUCAGUGUCGACGACGAGGGUUCAUAUCACAGCGAGAGUGCGAAGAGACUCAAAUUGCCUGAAGGAGGUCUCUACUUUGACAACUUAUCCGCGGACAUGGACAGCGCUCCAUCGGAUUACGACGAAAAUGUCGUCUACAAUAUCAGUCCUCAGGCCAGACUUACCCCUUCGUUGAACGGCACACAAUCAUCAGCAGACGCCAAGAAGGCAAUGGGCUCGACCGACUUCACCAGGACAGCCGAGGAACCGGGCAGAGCGGCGAGAUACAGUGUACCAUCACUGCAUAAGCUGUUGGAAUCGGCAUCAGAGCAAGAAGCUCCCUCAGAUCCUACGAUGAUUGGAAGUGGAUUGGCGGAUUUCGAGGGUACCGAGCCAUUGUCAUUGUUUGAAAGACGAGUUCGACGACAGAUUAGCACCGGAGCGGACUAA